AUGCCAAAAUCUAAAUCUAAUAGAGGAGCAUUACUUUUAGAUAAUCUACCGCAAUUGCAGGGUCUGAUAAAGAGAGAUCCAGAUGGAUAUAAGGAUGAGUUUAUACAGCAAUACAACCACUACCAGUCCCAGAUGAAGAUAUUCCAAUUGCAACCAAACAGCGAUCUGGAUAAAUUUUCUGAUUUAGUCGGUUUCAUAGCACAAGUCGCUUCUUGCUAUCCUAAAGAGACUGCUGAGUUUCCAGCUCAACUAUCUUCUCUUAUAAUUGAAUAUCACAAUCAUUUAACCCCAGAUACUAGAAAGACACUCGUACAAUCAUUAGUUUUACUUAGAAAUCGUCAAGUUAUCCCCUCAAUUGAUCUUCUGAAAGUUUUAUUCCAAUUAUUGCCUAUAACAACAUCAGCUACACUCAGAUCUUACAUUAGGAAUGUAAUCUUAACCGAUAUAAAGCUCGCAAACCAGCGUUCAAAGAAUCACAAGCUUAAUAGAGUCGUACAAGCUUUGUUGUUCUCAAUGGUAGAGAGAGGAAUGGACGCAGAAGUACAAUCUACAAAAUCUAAAGCUAAGAAAUCUCAAGACUCUUCAUUUGCUACCAAAGCGGGUGCAGAAGCGAUGUGGGCUGUCAUGUUAACAAGAGAAUUAUGGAAGAAGGGUGUUUGGAAUGACGCAAAGACUGUAUCUAUCGUCGCUUUAGCUUGCUUCCAUCCUACUGCCAAAGUACAAAACGCAGCCGUCCAUUUCUUCUUAGGUAGUGACGACGCUAUCGAAGAAAGUGAGGAUGAAGGUGAAGAUAUUGAUAUGAAGAAGGUUCAACAUCAAGCGCUUAUCAACAAAUCACGUAAAUCAGUUGAUAAGAAAGUAGCAAAACAAAAGAAAGCUGCAAAGAAACAACAAGCUAAUAAGGAUAACGCAAGCACACCAAAUUUCCCUGCUUUACAAUUACUUAAUGACCCUCAAGGUUUCUCUGAAAAGCUUUUCGAAAGUCUCACCAAGACUGAUAAAGUUCAUAGCUUAGAUCAUAGAGUUUUGGUUAUGCAACUCUUGACUCGUGUUAUGGGUGCUCAUAAAUUAUGCGUGUUGAGUUUCUACUCAUACGUUAUAAAGUAUCUCACGCACCAUCAACUUAGAAUUACAUUAAUUUUGGUAGCCAUCGCUCAAUCAGUUCAUGAAUUAACUCCACCGGACGUCUUAACUCCAGUUAUUCGUAAAUUGGCACACGAAUUCGUUACACCAGGUGUUGGAUCUGAAGUUGUUGCAGCUGGUCUUAACGCAAUCACAGAGAUAUGUCGUAGACAACCAUGGGCCAUGGAAAGUGACCUCUUGGAAGAUUUAAUUGAAUACAGAAAAUCUGCUGAUAAAGGUGUCUUAACUGCUUCACGUGGUUUAUUACAACUUUUCAGAGAAGUCAACCCAGGUAUGCUCAAGCGCAAAGAGAGAGGUAAACUUGCUUCAAUGGGAUUAUCAUCUGGUAAAGAAGUUUUGAAGUAUGGUCAAAGUGGUGAAGCAGCUUCAGGAAUUGAAGGUCUUGAUUUACUUGAGAAGCAUCUUGCUGAUAAAGACAAUGAAGGCGAAGGUGAUGAAGAAGACGAAGAAAAAGCUUGGGACGAUUGGGAUGUUGAAUCAGGUGAUGAAUCUAGUGAAUCAGAAGGAUGGGUCAACGUCUCUGAUGAUGAUGACGAUGAGAUCAACUUAUCCGAUAGUGAUGACGAGGAUUCAAAGAAGAAGAAGAAAGAAAAGAAAGAUAGUGAAGAACAAGCUGAAAAAGCAACAGAUGAACCAAGGGAAGAAAGUACAGAUGAUGCAAUUCAACGUCUCUCUACGCUCGCAACUGAGAGAAUUCUUACGCCUGCCGAUUUUGCUUUACUUAAUGACUUAAAGAUGAAAGCAGUUCAGGACGAAAUUGAUCAAGGUGGUGGUGCAGCAGCCAAGCGCAAAAUGGCGCAGCUCAAGGAGAAGAGGAAAGCGCAGGGAUCUGGUGCAGAUGGUGAUGAUGAAGGUCAAUUCGUCACAGAGGCCGAGAUCAUUGGACCACGUAAGCGCGCUAAGAAUGAUUAUGAAGCACGUAUGGAAUCUAUCAACCAAGGUCGUGAAGGUAGAGAGAAGUUCAGCUCCAGAAAGGGUAAACACAAGUCAGAAAAGAUAGCUUCAAAGACGAAUGAAGAGAAGAAGCGUAACAAACCAAUGAUGAUGGCUAUACACUCGAAGAAAGUCAAAAGCAAAUCACAGUCCAAACUCAUUGAUAAGCAAAAAGCAUUACACAAGCACAAAGAGAAGCAACGUAAGAAAGGAUUUUAG